AAUUAAACUAUAAAAAUGUAGAAUAAUCAACAUGUAAAACUUCCUUAAGAAAUGACCAAUACUCCUUAUGAAGGACCAGUUUCUUAGGUUGUGUAUCCAUAACUUUCUCAAUAGAAUGUUUAAAUUGGUUAACCAAUCCAACCAAUAGUUCCAGCUCAACAAUAUGUCAGAUAGAUUUAAUAUUAACCAUAACCAUAACCAUAUCCAUAAUAAAUAUAAUAAUAAUAAUAAUAAUAGAUUGUUUACCAUCCUACUGCUUUCUAAUAAGGUAUCAAAUCAAAUUUUAUUUAAAGCAUAACCAGUUUAUACUAAAUACCCUCAUCUCACAACAUGUGCUUGCUGUUAAAGAUAAGUUUAAACACAGGUUACAUAUGAAGUAGGAACUGGAGCUUAUGCAAUAGGUGGACUUUUGGCAGCUGUUGGCCUUUGGUUAGGGUAUUUUUUAAAUUCAAUCAAUAGAUGUUGUCUUAUUCCAUGUUUUGUCUAAGAUUGUAAAGAUGCAAUUCAUUUCUGUCCUGCAUGCUAAGCUUAAAUUGGUAAAAAGAGAUUCUUAUUUGAUUGAUAUAAGGAUAGAAUUAAAGAAAAUUUAUAAUAAAACAAUAU